UGGGUCUGUCAACAUUUUGCUAAAGAAAACCGCAGGCGAGCCGCUCUUCAGAGUGAACUGCCUCUUCCUCCAGCGAUUCUUGAGUGUAAUUAAUUAAUUUCGCGCUCAUUUAACUAUGCGCCCAUUGUUUGCUGCUGCUAAACAUAAAACAUAAUGUGCUGAAUUUACAUAACAUACGGAUGGGGCUGCAAUUGCAGCUCAGUGAUCGUUCCACAUUGGUCGUGCACGCGCGUCGCAUUCAACUCGAAUUCCGAACGCCCUAGGCGCAGGCCCUGCUCAAAGGAUAUCAGAAAGGAACAAUUCAAUUAUUUUAUUUAUUAUUAUUUUUUUUUCUUGUGUUUGUUGUGCAUAAAAUGUCUCACGGUGAACGAAAAGGUCGCCUGAAUGUGGUUAAAUUUUUAGAAUUGGCCUUUUCCGUUGCCUGCCUAGUGCUGCACUUCUAUAGCUUUAACGAUCGCGACAUUAUGACCUCAUUCAUGGCGACAGGCACAUUCACUGGCUAUAUUAUCGUCGUCAUAGGUGUGUUCGCAGGCGUUCUGAUGCGUGCACCCAUUCACAAACGCAUCGACAUCUUCUUCAGCGUUCUGGGCUGCGCCCUGUUUGUGGCCAGCGGGAUCUUCAUAAUCGAGGCCUGGGAGUUCUCGUUCCGCACACGCACCCGGGAUCUGGCGCUGAUCAAGGCAUCACUGUCCAUUGUGAAUGGUGUGCUGUUUGGCUUCGAUGCGAUCUUUACAUUUCGGGAUAAAUAAUAUAUCAGGAUCGAUGCCCAUCCACCCACACUUGACGCUGCAUUUACAAUCGUAUUAUACUUAAGAGACAGAUACUUUCUGCAUGCAUGCAUACAUACACACAUACAUACAUACAUACAUACAUACAUGCUAGUUAUCAAAUCAUAAAGAAUGUGUGACAAAUGUAAAAUUAGGGCAAAAACGAAAAACAGGAAAAGGGACAUUGCUCUAUUGCUAAUACAUACUUUGUUUUUUAUUCUUUUCACUUUGCUUUUAAAUAGUUUUUACAUUUUUGAGUGCAAAUUCAUGUCAAUAAAAAAAUAUACAUGUGUAUAAUAUAUAUAAGCCCGCAUUGUGCAUUAAAGGUGAUUACAAUUAGGCUAAACAUACACAAUACACAUAUACACACAGACACACACACACACACAUACACAC